AUGGUUGAAGACCAGAAUCAACUUUUGCUCAGCGUUACGCUGAGCGAAAAACGUGCUGAACUGUAUAAUUCUCAAUUCAAACGAAAACAGGUGUUGGAAUACGUGAAGAUCGACCUAAACAAGAGUGCUGGCGAAAAUCUGAAAGAUCUGGCCGCAGCAGCGCUCUCGAGCGAUUUCCCUCUGGCGUAUACCUUCAUCUAUGGUCCGAUCAUGCUCGAUUUGGUAGCCAGAUGGGCCGAUUCCAAAAACCAAAAUAACAUAGGAUUGGUUGCCGACAGACUAGGACAAGUGAUUGCCAUUUAUCCCGAGACUACCUCUCUGUGUGACUACUUCUUCCAGACGCAUCAUCAGCACCUCAACUUGAUCCUGGAAAUGUGCGGGUCGCAGCCCGAAACUCUGCUGCACGAGAUACUGCUGGCAUAUUACCGCUUGUUGCGCCACGAUCGGGACCGUUUUGCGCACUUCAUUGCUCCUAACGCUCUUUACAAAGUCUUGCAAAACGAGCUCACCAACCAAGCCAUCAAGCUACUUGCAGUCCAGGUCCUCUCUAUGUACUUGAAUCUCGCCGAGCAGGCCACUAUUGAUCUUGUUGAAAAACAUGUGCCUGAAGACGCUGAGGGUACUUUAGCGGUUUACGACGGCGACCUCGAUGUUGAUUACCGCUUUCUGGAGCUUAACGAAGCGCAAAAACUGUCCCAAUACCACACAUUGCUGAGGAACUACAGGCCAAGUCAACUGGCUACGCAGAAACCAAUUGGGAAGGACUUCUUGACAAUUAAUCCGCAUGACUUGAGCGCUCAUGUCGUGGCUAUCUAUGGAGUAAUAGUUCCCAGAAUCAAUGCAAGCUCUCAACGUUACGAGCCGAACUCAAAACACGAGUUCGUACCCACACAAGAAGCUCUUUCUUCCAUACGAGCAUUGAGCAGGUCUAUACAGCUUUCUAAGCCUGUCAUGCUCGUCGGGAAAGCUGGUUCUGGUAAAACAUUUCUCAUAAAUCAACUCAGCAAGUACACCGGUGCCCACGAAACCAUGGUGAAAAUCCAUCUUGGAGAACAAACAGAUGCAAAACUGUUACUGGGAACUUACACCUCAGGCGAAAAACCAGGUACUUUCGAGUGGAGGGCAGGAGUUUUAACGACCGCAGUUAAAGAAGGAAGAUGGGUUUUGAUUGAGGAUAUCGAUAAAGCCCCAACGGAAGUAAUAUCAGUUCUGCUGACCUUGCUGGAACAACGCCAGCUGAGUAUCCCUUCAAGAGGUGAGACCAUCAAAGCGGCUAACGGGUUCCAGCUGAUAUCGACCAUCAGAACUCCUGACGACAAUCACAAAGAUGAACGCGCCUUCAAACCAGACUUGAUUGGAAUACGUUUAUGGGACAUAGUUGGCUUGAAGGAACCGGACGAGAAGGAACUCAAGGAGAUUUUGAUUUUUAAGUUUCCAGCAUUGUCACACUUGAUUGAGAGGUUUAUCACAAGCUAUAACCUGGUGCAAAGCGUGUAUUCCAACCCUCAGUUUAUCUCUAUGAAUAGAGGUAUUCAUCCCAGAGCCGUCACGGUGCGUGAUUUGGUCAAAUUUUGUAGCCGGGUCGAGGCAAUCUUCAAAAACAAUAACAUUCAGCAUUCAGGAGAACUUAUCCCUUCUCAUGUCUACGACAGUAUUUUCUUCGAAGCGGCCGAUUGCUUUGCGUGUGCAAUUGGUGAACUGAGCGCUCUUAAACCUAUAAUCGAAACUAUAGGGAUUGCGCUAGAAAUUCCGGCCUCAAGAAUCAAUCUCUAUCUUUCGAAACAUGUUCCGGCAUUGGAAGAGGACAGUGCUCUCUUGAAAAUUGGCAGGGCAGUUCUAACCAAAAGUCGAGCAAAAUUAGUUAAAAAAUCGAUGAACACUACUUCUUUCGCGCGGACAAAUCAUUCCCUGAGAUUGAUGGAACAAGUGGGGACGGCCAUUCAGAUGUGCGAACCUGUUCUUCUUGUUGGUGAAACGGGUACUGGUAAAACGACAGUGGUACAGCAUAUGGCUAAAGUUCUAAAUCAGAAGUUGACCGUUAUCAAUGUAUCUCAACAAACUGAGAGUGGAGACCUGCUGGGAGGCUUCAAACCUGUGAACACCAAGACAAUUGCUGUUCCGCUAUUAGAGGAUUUUGAAAGCUUAUUUCCUGCUACUUUCUCCAUGAAAAAGAACGAGCGCUUCUACACAAUGCUUCACAAGUGUUUCAAUAAGGGCCAAUGGAAAAAUGUUGUCAAACUACUGAACGAAGCUUACAAAUUGGCCAAGAAUCUUUUGAUGCAACAGGAUGAUGGUGUUUCUCCCGAAAGCCAAAAAAAGAAGAGAAAGCUCAAUUCUCAUGAUAACAAAAUACUGAUGGACAGAUGGUCUGAAUUUCAACAAAAUGUCGCAAACUUCGAAGCCCAGUACUCGUCUAUAGAGAAUUCCUUCGUGUUCAAUUUCGUUGAAGGCUCACUGGUCAAGGCUGUCCGAAACGGCGAGUGGCUUUUACUAGACGAGGUCAAUCUGGCGUCGUCAGACACCCUGGAGAGUAUUUCAGACCUAUUGUCAGAACCAUCCUCCCGUAGCGUGCUAUUAUCAGAAAAGGGACAAGCUGAACCAGUCAAGGCCCAUCCUGAUUUCAGAAUUUUCGCUUGUAUGAAUCCUGCCACAGAUGUCGGAAAAAGAGACUUACCCGUUGGUGUCCGUUCUAGGUUUACCGAAAUUUAUGUGCAUUCUCCCGACCGCGAUAUAACUGACCUUUUGGCGAUCAUUGAUAAAUACAUCGGAGUGUACAGCGUUAGCGACGAGUGGGUCGGCAACGAUGUCGCUGAGCUGUAUCUUGAGGCGAAAAAACUUGCAGAGGCUAACAAGCUCGUGGAUGGUACCAAUCAGAGGCCUCACUUCAGUAUUCGUACCCUGACUCGAACUUUGAUAUAUGUUAGGGACAUUGUUAAGAUCUAUGGUUUGCGAAGAUCGCUGUACGAAGGUUUUUGCAUGUCCUUCCUCACUUUGUUGAACGAAAAGUCCGAGGGUCUGCUACGGCCGCUUAUCGAAAAGUUUACGCUAGGAAGACUGAAAAAUCCAAAAUCUGUCAUUUCUCAAUCACCAGCUUGUCCUGGUCCUGAAUACGUACAGUUCAGACACUACUGGAUGAAAAAAGGUCUCCAUGAACUGCAGGAGCAGCCACACUAUAUUAUAACGCCUUUUGUUGAGAAAAACAUGUUAAACCUCGUGAGAGCAACCUCAGGUCGCAGAUUUCCUGUUCUCGUUCAAGGUCCAACAUCAGCCGGUAAAACUAGUAUGAUCAAGUAUCUUGCUGAUAUUACUGGUCAUGAAUUUGUUCGUAUUAACAAUCACGAGCACACCGAUCUUCAAGAGUACCUCGGCACGUAUAUGGCCGACGAGACAGGGAAGCUAUCGUUUCGCGAAGGUGUGUUGGUGGAAGCUUUGAGAAAAGGACAUUGGAUUGUUUUAGAUGAACUUAACUUGGCACCAACCGACGUUUUGGAAGCGUUGAACAGAUUGCUAGAUGACAAUCGAGAGCUUUUCAUUCCUGAGACCCAAGAAGUGAUUCAUCCGCAUCCUGAUUUCAUGCUUUUUGCAACACAGAAUCCUCCAGGUAUAUAUGGUGGUCGUAAGGUCUUAUCCCGGGCCUUCCGCAACCGUUUUCUUGAGCUGCAUUUUGAUGAUAUUCCACAGGAUGAGCUUGAAAUCAUUUUGAGAGAACGGUGUAAAAUUGCGCCAUCCUACGCUCAGAAAAUCGUGGAGGUAUACCGCCAAUUAUCAGUUCAACGCUCUGCUAUGCGUCUCUUCGAACAAAAGAACAGUUUUGCGACACUACGUGAUCUCUUUCGCUGGGCGUUGAGAGAUGCUGUCGGUUAUGAGAACUUAGCGGCCAACGGUUAUAUGUUGCUCGCAGAAAGGUGCAGAACCACGGAAGAGAAAGAUGUGGUUAAGGCAGUUCUCGAAAAAGUGAUGAAAGUCAAAGUAGAUAUGGACAAUUAUUACGAGACUUUAGAAAACGCAAAUCUGCAGUCGAUGCCAAGCUCUAUCAUAUGGACAAAAGCUAUGCGUAGACUUGCUGUUCUAGUUACCAACUGUCUGAAAAAUAAUGAACCGGUUCUUUUAGUAGGAGAGACGGGUUGUGGUAAGACGACAGUAUGCCAACUCAUCGCGCAAUUUGUUGGUCGUCAACUUAUAACCGUAAACGCCCAUCAAAAUACAGAAACUGGCGAUAUUCUUGGUGCACAACGUCCCAAUAGACACCGCUCGGAUAUUCAAAGUGAGUUGACUGACCUGUUGAUAAAAGUUCUGGGUCUGGAGAGCGAUGCGUACACUGUAGAGGAACUGUUACAACAAUACAAAAAGACAGAAAAGGCGUCGCUAGAGCCGGCAGAUGUUGAGAAAGUUGAAAAUCUCAAAGACAAGCUAAACGUUCUUUUUGAAUGGUGCGAUGGUCCCUUGGUACAAGCUCUUAACAGCGGAGAUUUCUUUUUGCUAGAUGAAAUAUCAUUAGCCGAUGAUUCAGUGCUUGAAAGGCUCAACAGUGUUUUAGAACCAGAGAGAAAUCUUUUGCUUGCUGAGAAAGGUGGCUCGGACAGCUUAGUACAAGCUGCCGAUGGGUUCCAGUUCUUUGCAACAAUGAAUCCCGGUGGCGACUAUGGUAAAAAGGAGCUGUCGCCGGCACUAAGAAACAGAUUUACUGAAAUCUGGGUUCCAUCUAUGGAGGAUUUUGAUGAUGUGCGCUUGAUUGUUUCGUCCAAGCUUUUGCCGCAACUCUCCUCUUUAGUUGAGCCUAUCGUUCAGUUCUCGAAAUGGUUCGGCGAGAGAUUUGGUGGUGGAACGGCCAGCAAUGGUGUAAUUUCUUUGCGUGAUAUUCUCAGCUGGGUCCAGUUUGUGAACGUGACGACCGAGAGAUUGCAAAACAAAGCGGCUUCGCUGGUGCAAGGUGCUGCAAUGGUCUUCAUUGACACUCUUGGUACUAACAACACUGCAUAUCUAUCAGAAAAUGCAGAAACUCUCAAAGCUCAAAAACUGGACUGUUUGGAGGUCUUAGAAAAAUUCUUUGGAGAUGAUCUUCGUUCCCAUUAUCUACAGCCGCCUUCAUUGACGAUUGAGGAUCAAAGUGUCCAAGUGGGAAUGUUUGUACUUGACAGAGGAUUGACGGCUACAAAGCCAAAAUUUAAUCUCAAUGCACCCACAACUUUGAGCAACCUCAUGAGAGUUGCCAGAGCUAUGCAGGUACAAAAACCAAUUUUAUUGGAGGGAAGUCCGGGUGUUGGUAAAACAAGUUUAGUGUCAGCUUUGGCCGAAUGCACUGGUAACAAGCUGACACGUAUUAACUUGUCAGAACAAACAGACCUGGUAGAUCUUUUUGGAUCAGACGCACCUGGAGAGAAGACCGGUGAGUUUGUAUGGCGCGAUGCACCAUUUCUCAGAGCAAUGCAGCUGGGGGAAUGGGUUCUCUUGGAUGAAAUGAAUCUUGCUUCCCAGUCUGUACUAGAAGGAUUAAACGCGUGUUUGGAUCACAGAGGAGAGGCUUAUGUCCCAGAACUGGAUAAGGCGUUUACAAAACAUCCGAACUUCACAGUCUUUGCUGCCCAAAAUCCACAGAAUCAGGGUGGUGGCAGAAAGGGCCUUCCAAAAUCAUUUGUUAACAGAUUCAGUGUCGUCUACGUGGACGUUUUGUCCUCUGAAGAUUUGUUUUUGAUUGCAGCCCACCUUUACCCCGAUGUGGACUCGAAAUCGUGUGCCCAGCUCAUCGAGAUUAUCUCCACAUUAGAGGAAGAGGUUUCAAAUCAAAAGUUAUGGGGCCACGCCGGAUCUCCCUGGGAAUUUAAUUUGAGAGAUACCUUGAGAUGGCUAAAGCUGCUCAAAUCUCCUACUUUGGCUGUUGGAAUGGGUGCAGUCGAUUACUUAGAUAUGAUAUUGACCCAAAGAUUUAGAACGGAGGAAGAUCGCAACAAAGUGAGAAAAAUAUUCGAACGAUUUUUCGGCAAAAAAGAAGAACGGCCGAAUUACUUACAGAUUUCGCCUGAUUAUUUACAGGUAAACAGCGAAGUUGUCCCUAGGGCCCCUUUUGUGAAGCAUUGUCCGCUCAAAGGAUUAGUGCCUUUGCAAUGCAAUUUUAAGAUUUACGAAUCUGUACUGAGAUGUGUUAAGCAGAACUGGCCACUCGUUCUUUGCGGGCCCACAAAUUCUGGGAAAUCCGAAAUUAUUCGGUACGUUUCCGGAAUUCUAGGUACAAAGGUAAUCAGCUUUCCUAUGAACUCUGACACUGACAGUAUGGAUAUUUUGGGUGGCUACGAGCAAGUCGAUGUUAACAGAAAAAUAGCACAAGCAGUGGAACGCAUUGUAACUACGCUGAGGGAAUUGAUUGCUAUCAAUAUUGGAUCCGAAGAGUGUGGUGGUGAUGACGCAAAAGUCGUCGCACUAGGUCUUUUCCACUUCAUAUCGACAAAUUCAAUGGACGCCUCUAAUUUGGUGUCUUUACUGCAACUCAUUGAAAAUUUGAAACAGUUUGUGGACAAUGAGACGAUCUCGCAGGUUUUCGAAGAUCUUCACAGAAUUCAAGACAAACAAGAUCAGCCAUCUUCGGUCACUUUUGAGUGGUUUGAUGGGUUGCUGCUCAAAGCCAUGGAAGAAGGGUCCUGGCUUGUCUUGGAGAACGCCAAUCUGUGCUCUCCUUCUGUUUUAGACAGAUUGAACUCUCUUUUGGAAACCGAUGGUUCUCUUAUCAUUAAUGAGUGCAGUCACGAAGAUGGACAGCCCAGAGUCAUAAAUCCCCACCCCGACUUUAGGCUCUUCUUGACUGUAGAUCCUAAAUUUGGAGAACUUUCCAGAGCCAUGAGAAACAGAAGUAUCGAGAUAUACGUGGAUGAGCUGUCAUCAAGGGCAACAUUAUUUGAUGCGGCAAAUAUUGAAGAAUCGGAGUUGGCAACAUCGCAGAGUUCUCAACCUGAUAUCAUCAAGGAAGACUCAAAAAGAGUUGAUGCCAUACCACUGUCGCGCUUUAUAAUGGCCGACAAUUCGUUUGCUUCGCAGUUUGCUAGCUUACAUGACAUAGCUUCACUAUCGGGUUUCAGCGUCUUAGAGUCAGUUAUCUCCAUCCUUCCUAUGUCGUCUUUCCCCAAACUUAAGGAUUGGGAAAAAAACGCGCUUCAGGCGAGAUAUUACGGAGACAGUCGAAUAAUCUCAAAGUUCGUUAAUUUGGCCGAAUAUUUGCAGGAAAGUGGAAUUUUCAAACAGCUUGCUACUCUAUCAGUUGAAUAUGAAAAACUUGCUUCAAAUGUGCUGAAGAACCCAGUUUCCUUCUGCAGAUGUCAACGAUUGAUGCCUUCAGUGAAUGCUUAUGUUACAAGAAGCUUACUGGAGAAUCAUCCAACCAUUGAAACGUCGGAGCCCGCUUACCUCUUUGAUAUUGCGAGGCUUCUUUCCAACUUUUCAAGCAUUCUUGGCAAUGCUACAAGAAGGGCACAAAAUGCUAGGUUGAGCGAUCUCAGUUACCUGGAGCUAAGUGCGGCUCAAUCUCAAGGUCGUACAAUGAAAAAAGCCCCUCAGAUUCCAAUAUUUGAGGUGCUCACACUCUUGAGAGAGCAUAUCGCAGAAAGAAUGACAUCGGCAGAUUUGUUUGCUAUCCCUGGCUUUUACAAAAGCUAUUUUGAUCUUUGUAGCAUUUGGCUCGGCGCCUUUGAGACAUCCAAGGCCCACGACAACGCCAAAUUAAGGGCUUAUCAAGAUCUACUAGAAUCAUGGCAACAAGAAACACCACUGGACGACCGUUUAACUCUAGAAGUUUCGAGUAUCGCCAAUCAUUUGGGUGGCGCUUUGUUGAUGGAUACUGGUAGGUCGAUGACCACGAUUUGGAACGCCUUCAGGCAAUCACAGCCAAGUUCAAAAUCCGCAUGGGACAAACUUAAAAAGCUAUUGAGCGUCUCUGAUAAAUUUGAUGACGUCGCGGAAAAGCAGUUUUCCGACUCCUACGAACUCAUUACUCACCUAAGAGAAAUAAUUUUGGGACUCAGAACGGGCAUUAUAUCAGGCGAAGCCUCUGAUUUCGAUGCGGUUAUAUUCACAUUGCAAAAGGGUGUAGAUCAACUGGACGAAAUCUCAAAGCGCUUUUUGAUUCAAAGAGAACAUUACUUCAAAUCUGAUUUUGAUUCUCUACUACGUUUGGUUUGUCACCAGGGUUGUGGCACCGGUCACGUAGUGUCCAGAAUUGCUUCAUACACUUCCCUUUCUACGGAAUUGUUGCUAAAUCUGAAGCAAGAAUCACUCAGUCACCCAGCUGUGUUUGAUUUGUUGUGGAAGAAGAAUCGGGGCCAAUUCGAGUCCUUCACCGCUUCUAUAUUUGAUAGCUCGAUUUUGGAAAAUAUCGUUGCGAAAGUGGUUUCAUUUAAGCAAAUUAGUGGUUGUCAAAUGACACAAGCCUUGGAAGACGCUGCGGUUCUUCAGGAGAACUUGAUAGAGUCUUCACAGUCGAUCACGGUGGAUAAAGUCAACCUUUACAGAGACUCUCUUUUUGAAUGGUACAGAAAAAUAGUCUCACUUCAUGUGGAAGUUAAGCCCUUGGCGACAUUGGGUGAAAUCCAGGAAGCCAUCUCCACUUAUGAAGAUCCAUGGUUUAAAGGAAUUCAUGAUCAAUUUCUACUAGCUGCCGUGGUAUCUGCCCUAGAGUCUGACUCUUUAACAUCACUGGGAAAAGCUUGGGUACUCUUUUCAGCUGGCGCUUUACAGUUGUUUGUUCCAAGUACUUCGUUUGAUCCCGCUAUCAACGAUUAUGUUUUGUACGACAAUUACAUGACUAGACAGUCAUUGUCAGAGGAACUUCUGCGCAGUUGGGAAUGCUGUAGAACGGUACUAAGCGGCGAUGAACCCAUGACAGUUGAAGGAUCGCUAAAAGAGUUACGUCCAACUGGCCCUCCUGCAAAGCCCAGAGUUUACAGACCCCAAAAGGCCAUCGACCCAUUAUUCGAAGAGUGGGGGGCACUCAUGAAAUCUACGAUUGGUAUCGAGCCCGUCGAGAGACUACUGACUGCAUUAGAAAGGCUAGACUCUCUGUCAGAGGGCCAACUAAACUUAUUCCAGCAAAACUCAUCCCAAUUUAUGGAACGUCUGCUUUCGAACUACAGUGUCUACUCCGACUUGAACGAUAUUUUUCGGGGAUACAUUCUCGGCCUGAAGUUUGGCUUCGAUGUAGUCAAGCAAGGGAAGAUCGAACAACACAAAUCCACAACUCUAGCCCCGUUGUGGACCAUUGAUUUGCACAUAUUGACCAGCUCUCAAAAGUUGAACGACUCAUACGAUCAGGUGCAAACCCUUUUAAAAAGAGCUACUGUAGAGUCCCUCUCCGUCGAGCGCAUCGCGACGUUUUAUCUCAAGGCGUUCAGUUUCCACAGUAGAGAUGCCCAGCUCUCGAACACAUUUGAAAGCGCUCUUCAAACCCUUUACUACAGAUGGUCCAUGCGCCGUCUAAGAGACGAAAAGGAAGCUCAGUCUAAAGUGGGCGUUUACAAAUUUGAUGAUGCGGAGGUCGAUGUCGAGUCAGAUUUCAAGAGAAUGUUCCCCGACUAUCAGGAAGUUUUGUCAGUUGAAAAUGAAAGCGCCCCUAAGCUGUCAGAGGAGACUUGUUUGGAUGACGUCUACUACAAUAUUGCCAGAACAUACCUCACAAUUUUUGGCGACGAAGCGCCUGUCGGACUAUCUGAUUUGAUAAAUGACGGUUCAAGUGUGAGUGAUGCGUUGGUACAGGUCGGUGUCACGUUCAAAACAUGCGCUCCUAAGCCAAGCAACUUAACCCCAGCUUUAAAUCAGCUCGCACAGCUGCUGAGCAGCUUUAAGAGUCCAAAGGAAUCUGCAAACCUGGACUUCUACCGCGAGUCCUCACUUUACGAGACUAAAAGGGCAGUAUCAGUCGUCGAAAAAGUGUGGGUCUCAACGAAUAGCUUAUUAAUGCAAUGGCCUGAGCACUCAACGCUCAACGACUUGUUUAGAGUAUGCCAAGAAUUCAUGGAAUACUCAGGAAAUACGCCCAUUGCACGUCUACUGCAAAAAAUCGAGCAGAUAUUCACAAUUGUUACGGAGUGGGAGAAAUAUGCCUCGGUUGCGGUUUCUAUGCAAGCCUCAUUGCGAGAGCUCACUGAUCUGGUAGUCUCGUGGAGAAAAUUGGAGCUGCGAACCUGGAAUAGUCUGUUUGAAUACGAAAAUCUCGCCCUUAACAAGAGCAUGGGUAAGUGGUGGUUUUAUCUAUAUGAGACCAUUACACUAACGGUUUCGAAGGAAGAAUCAGAGAGUGGAAACGAUUACGAUGCAAUUGCAAAACUCCUUGGAUCUCUGAAUGUCUUUUUGAGUAAAUGCAGCUACGGGGAGUUUAGUGGUCGUCUCGCUCUCCUGAAAGCCUUUGCGAAUCACACGAAGGCUCUGACGGGACCAAAUUCAAAGAUUACACAGGCUCUAUUCAAUCUGUUAACAUUCUACCACCAGUUUUCUGCAGUCAUCGAGGUCAGCCUCAAAGAUGGAAGGAAGAAGCUAGAGAAAGAUGUCUCUGAAGUGAUUUUGCUUGCUAGUUGGAAAGAUGUGAACAUAGAUGCACUGAAGCAGAGCUCACAUCGCUCGCACAAUAACCUUUACAAGCUGGUCAGAAAAUACCGUAGUUUACUAUCUCAAAACGUGUCCCCAAUCAUCGAAAGUGGUCUACACGGCCUAGCACGAGAGAGAUUUGAGCUCGAACAUUUUGUGGCGUCUAACAAACAUCAAUAUGUUGUCUCGGAGAUCAAUGAAUUGGUCACCAAGAUCGCCAGUUGGGAAAGCAGGCCUGCACCGCUAAAAAACUUGGAGUCGAGCUCAAGGAAGAUGUCCAGCCACUGUUUGUUGAUUGAAGCUGAGGAGUACCCUCAUCUAAAAAUGUUUGUUGACGAACUGAGCGCAGAAGCAGACCGUUUGCGUAACGAGACGCCCAAGGUCUACAAUAAAAAGGACAAGAAACUGCUAGCCGCUUUAAGAGUCCAGAAAUCAAAAUUGUUGAAUGAUUCGCUCAAAGAGCUGAGGAGAAUGGGUCUAAAAACUGGAUUUAGAGAAGACAUUCGGAAGGUUCAAGAAUCAGUGACAUCUAUUCUCAGCUGUGUGGAGACCUUUGAAGGCUCUCCACUCGAGAAAUGCGAUUCCUACUUUUACAGGACUUUGGAUCUGAUGCCUCGCCUCCGUUUUGCUAUAUCGAGUCCAGCCGCCGAUGCUCCUCUUGUUGCUAUCGAGAAAGGCUUGGCUGUUGUAGAGAAUCUUCUCUACUUUUCGAUUACAAGUCGGAAAACGUUGCGUGACUUCUCAGAUAACUUCAUGCGCAUAAAGAUGCUUCAAGAGAAUCUAGAUCAAGUCUCGAGAUCAACAGAUCCCUUGCUUCAUCAAUCUCUCGAGAUAACCUCUGAAAAAUUCGCCUACAUGUGUAGGUGGCUUCCAGAGAUUUUGCGCUACGCGCUUGAAACACUGAACCUCACCGCCCCAGGCCCAGAAAGCAAAUGGCUAGCAACGAUUUUCUCGGAAGGUAUUGAGAAGGUGCUGCAGUUCAAGCCUUUGUCUCCUGAGAGGCAAAUUUUAGACGGUGGGGCCCGGAAUCUUCUAGAGGACUUUAAUGAAUUUAGUCUACAAUUGUCGAACAAGCUGUCCUCUAAUGGUUCAUCAAAGACUGCUUUCAUCUCUCGAGUUGUGGUUGAGUGGAUAAAUGAGCAGAAGCUUUCUCACCACUUACCUGAUAGCACAGCCGAUGCUGGUAGCUUGGAGCACAUUGAAAAUACUUUCCGCAAAGUGAGCACUUCGAUUAUGCUUACAAUACAACAUCUAGUAGAAACCCGACCAGAGGAAAUAACAAUGGAAGACGAUAAUUGGUUGGUGAGCUCGCACAAAAGAGUUAUCAAUGUGUCAAAAAGAGUUAUUACUUCGAGAGUUUCUUCCAACUUAAACGAUGCUGUUGAAAUGAUCAAGUCCCUGAACUUCUCUAAAGAACAAUCUAGAGUUAUUCUAGCUGUCAUUAAGCUUUCCUUACCGAUGGUGUCGAGAUAUUUCCAGCUUUUGGUAUCUCUAAUGAACAAAAUGAAAGUCGAAUACGAUUCACUUUCGCAUGGUACGUUUACAUUGGCAUCAAUUCUCUAUAAUCUGGGCAAGAAUGGAUUCUGCUCUCCCACCCCACCAGACGAGCAAACCGAGGACAAUAAUCUCCAGGAUGGUACUGGUCUAGGCGAUGGAGAAGGAGCACAGAACAACUCAAAGGAUGUUGAAGAGGAUGAGGACCUUCUGGAAAAUGCUCAAAAGCCGAAUGAAGAUCAAAAUAAAGAUGAAGACCAAGAAAACGACGAAGACGAUGCUGUUGAUAUGGAGGGUGACAUGGCGGGCGACUUGGAAAAUGCAAGUGGCGGCGAUGACGAUGAGCAUGAAGAGGAAGAAGAAGGGAACGAGGAGUUAGACGAAGAGAUAGACAAUUUAGACGAAGACGAUCCUAACGCUAUUGAUGAAAAGAUGUGGAAUGAGGAAUCUGAUGAUUCUAAAAAGGAGAAACAGGCCGAUGAAGCUCCGGGAAAUUCAGCAGAUGACGAUGUUCAAGCCGCGGAGAAUGAACAAGAUGAGAAACAAGCUGACAAUCAGAAACCUCAGGACGAAGAAGCCGAGGACGCCAAACAUAGUAAUAAUGAAGAGGAUGAAGAGGAUCAGCAGUCCGGGUCAGAAUCAGAUGAAGAGAACGAGGCCACGGGACAGGACGAUGAAGUUCGAAACGACGAGGGCACUGAGCUGGAAACCGCUGUACCAGAAGUCGAAACAAUGGAUUUACCAGAAGACAUGAAUUUGGAUUCUGGAGAUGAUGAGUCCGGGAAAAGCGGAAGUGAAAGCGAAGUGGAGGACGUAUCUGGUGGCGAAGAUGAGGAAGAGACCGGUGAACAAGGUGCUGACGGUCAAACAGGCGCAGAUGACGAAUCAGAAGAAGCUGAAGAUGGGGAUGAAAUGCCUGAAGACGAUGCUGACGUCGACAUGAUGGAUGGCGAAGAGGCUGAACCCGAGACAGAUGAAAAUAAAUCUAACGAGGAAGAAGGUGACGAGAAAUCAGACUCGGAGCCAAAUCCUGUAGAAGAAAACCCUGAAACACUCUCUAAUGAUAAAGAUGAAGAGAUGGGAAGCAAAGAAGCUGGCGAAGAAAAUGGCACAGAUGACAAUUUGGAGGGACUAGAUGGAGCUGAUGACGCGAUGAAUGUUAACAACGACGACUUCGAGCCAAGUGUCCAAAAGCAGAGUGGAGCUCAGGGCCAAGGAGCCGAUGCCACCAAUGACGAAGAAGACGACAAUGUCGGAAGCUUCGGCAAUGCCCAGCAAGAACGACAAGAAGACUCAGAAAACGUAAAUGAGAUUUCUCGACAAGAAGCGAAAGAGAGUCUGAAGCAACUGGGAGAUAGUCUGAAAGAAUUUCACAGGCGCCAUCAAGACAUUAAAGAAGCGUCCAACACUGAUGACGCUAUGGAUGAAGGCCCCAGUGCAAACCAGCGUCCCGACGAGUUCGAGCACACCGAUGGCGCAAAUACCGAUCACGAUACUCAAGCCCUUGGCUCUGCUAACAAAGAUCAAACCACUGCUAUUAACGAAGAAAUGGCAAUUGACGAUGAAGCAGAAGAUGUCAACGACGACAUUCAAAAUCCAGAGGAGCUUGUUGCUGAAAACGAAGGUCCGGUAGAGGAAAAGAGCGAAGAAAAUGUGACUCCAGAACAAGUCCAAGAUCGGGAUAGUCAAGGUAAGGCGACCGGAUCAUUAUUGGACGAGCAAGAAACAGCGGCCAACCAAAAUCCUGUUACCAACUCCGAGUUACUUGAGUUAGACAGGAAUGAUCUGGACGAGAUUAUCGACGCAAUCGACCAAAAGGUGAUAAUUGAAGAGGCCGAUGCUGAACCUCCCAGAAGUCUGGAAGAAGCUCGUAAAUUGUGGCGGAAGAGUGAAAUUGAAACUGCUGACUUAGCUGCUGGGUUGGGUGAACAAUUGCGUCUCAUUUUGGAGCCAACUCUGGCUACAAAGCUGAGAGGCGAUUACAAAACAGGUAAGAGGCUCAAUAUGAAACGUAUCAUACCAUACAUCGCGUCUCAAUUCCGCAAGGAUAAAAUCUGGUUGAGAAGAACCAAACCCAGCAAACGCCAGUACCAAAUCAUGAUUGCCGUGGACGACUCAAAAUCUAUGAGCGAAUCGAAAUCCGUCAAUCUCGCAUUCCAAAGUAUUUGCUUAGUCUCGAAAGCACUAACACAGCUAGAAUCUGGUGGACUCUCGAUUGUGAAGUUCGGCGAUACCACCCAAGAGGUUCAUCAGUUUGAUAAACCUUUCGGUAAUGAUGCUGGUGCAAAGAUAUUCCAAUGGUUUGAUUUCCAAGACACUCGCACCGAUGUCAAGAAGUUGGUGGCCGAGUCCAUUCGUAUUUUCGAUCGGGGCCGCUCUCUCAAUAAUGCCGACUUGUGGCAGCUGCAGAUCAUUAUCUCAGAUGGUGUGUGUGAAGAUCACGACACUAUCGAGAGACUGGUUCGUCGUGCUCGCGAUAACAAGAUUAUGUUGGUAUUUGUCAUUGUCGAUGGUAUUAACUCGUCAGAAUCGAUAAUGGAUAUGAGCCAAGUCAAAUAUGUUCCAGAUACCUUUGGAAACGUACAAUUAAAGGUGGAGAGAUAUCUCGACACUUUCCCAUUUGAGUUCUACGUGCUUGUUCGCGACAUCUCGGAACUACCAGAAAUGCUGUCUGUCAUCUUACGUCAAUACUUUUCCGAGCUUGCCUCGGCUUGA